UUGCGAGAUGAAGGGGGCGGGGCGGGUUCCGGCUUUAACUCCUUGAGCUCCAGACGCCACCCAAUGGCGCAGAGGCUAAGGUGUGAUGCUAAAGUGACCAGGAGACACUGAGGAGCAAAGGUCCGAGUCUGGGUGGAGGGACAGCUCCGGAGGAGGCUUUGGUGAGGAAACAGUUCGCCAGGCCGCGGCGCCUGACUGCGGCAGGAAACCUCCCUCCUUCCAUCUUGGGUCCGCCCCGUGGCUGCGCUGAGUGGGCGGUAGAGCUUGUCAUCUGUGAGGCCACUUCCGCUCAGAACUUGCCGUUGGAGGGGAGAAGGUGGCAGCAUGGCGGCGUCCGGGCCGACUGCGUUUCCAGGGAAAAGGAGCCAUAAGAAGUACAAGGCUGCACUGAAGAAGGAGAGACGGAGGAAACGGAGGCAGGAGCUCGCCCGAUUGAGAGAUGCAGAAUUGGCGCAGCAAGAGGAGGAAGAAGAUGCUUUUGCUGAAGAAAAACGAUUAGAAGAAGAAAGGCUGAUGGAGGAAGAGAGGCAAAAAUUACAUGAAGAAUGGUUACUGAGGGAAGAGAAGGCACAAGAAGAAUUCAGGGCAAAGAAGAAAAAAGAAGAGGCAGCUCGAAAACGGAAAGAAGAACAAGAGAGAAAGUUAAAGGCAGAAUGGGAAGAGCAGCAGAGAAAAGAGCGGGAAGAAGAGGAGCAGAAACAACAGGAGAAGAGAGAAAGAGAGGAAGCUGUGCAGAAGAUGCUGGAUCAGGCUGAAAAUGAGUUGGAAAAUGGUGGCACUUGGCAGAACCCAGAACCGCCCACGGAUGUAAGAGUACUGGAGAAAGAUCGAGCCAAUUGUCCAUUCUACAGUAAAACGGGAGCUUGCAGAUUUGGCGAUAGGUGUUCACGUAAACAUAACUUCCCCACAUCAAGUCCCACCUUGCUUAUUAAGAGCAUGUUUACCACGUUUGGAAUGGAGCAAUGCAGGAGGGAUGACUAUGACCCUGAUUCAAGCCUGGAAUACAGUGAAGAAGAGACCUAUCAGCAGUUCCUAGACUUCUAUCACGAUGUACUGCCAGAGUUCAAGAACGUGGGAAAAGUGGUUCAGUUUAAGGUCAGCUGCAACUUGGAACCGCAUCUGAGGGGCAAUGUGUAUGUUCAGUACCAGUCGGAAGAAGACUGUCAAGCAGCUUUUUCUCUUUUUAAUGGACGAUGGUAUGCAGGACGACAGCUUCAGUGCGAAUUCUGCCCAGUGACCCGGUGGAAAAUGGCAAUUUGUGGAUUAUUUGAAGUACAGCAGUGUCCAAGAGGAAAACAUUGCAACUUUCUUCACGUGUUCAGAAAUCCCAACAACGAAUUUAGGGAAGCCAACAGAGACAUCUACCAGUCUCCAGAUUGGACUAGUUCGUCCUUCGGUAAGAAUUUUGAGAGGGAGGGGGGGGAAGGCCCCAGCCACUAUGAUGAUAUAUACUAUGGCAGGUCAAGAAGACGAAGGAGCCUGAGUCCAGACCUCUCCUACAAGAGAAACGGUGAGUCUGACAGGAAGAGCAGGAGUAAUCACAGGGGGAAGAAGUCUCACAAACACGUGACGAAAAGUCGUGAGAGGCGCAGUUCACUGACCAGAGGAAGAAGAAGGGAUCACAGUCCAUGCCCAAGCCGCAGCCGCAGUCGGACCCGAAGCCAAAGCGGGAGCCGAAGUCGGAGUCAGAGUCGGAGCCGGAGCCGGAGCCAGAGCUCAUCAAGGUCCAGGAGUCAUGGCAGGAAGAAGUCAGGUAGUAGAGACAAAACCACCCAGAGUCCCAAAUCUAAAUAAACUUGGUUGUUUUUAAAUAUCAUUGUCUUUUUAUGGCAGCUACUCACCUGUAUAGUUUGACAAGGCUAGCCAAACUAUUAUGUAAAUCAUACUUUUUGAUAAAUUGUGUAUAUAAUAACAUGAAAUUACUUGUAGUCCUAACUUUGAGAGCAUCAAAUAACAUUGGAGUAAUGCUUUAGUAUUUUUUUCAUUUUCUGUAUUUCUCUCUCUCUCUCUGUGUAAGUGGAUCACAAGCACAGAGGUCAGAGAACAAUUUUCAGGGUUCAGUUACAGUGAGAUCCAGGGGUUGAACUGAGGUCAUGAGGCUUUCACACCAAGUAUCUUUACCCUCUGAGCCAUCUUGCCAGCCCAACUUUAUUCUUGUGAAGUGUCCAUACCUUUUAUUUUGUUUUAUGCAUAUGGGUAUUUGGCCUACAUGUAUUUGUGUGUACCACUUGUGUGCCCAGAGGCCAGAAGACAGUGUCAGAUCCCUGGUCUGGAGUUUUAGAUGGUUGUGACCUGCCAUUAGGGUGCUGAGAAUCAAACCCAGGUCUUCUAGGAGAGCAGCCAGUCCUCUUAACCACUGAACUAUCUCUCUAGCCCAACAAACUUUAUUUUUUAACUCAAAAGUCACAUGUGGCUUUAAUGUCUUUCACUCAAAUGUCUCAUUUCAUCAAUCCUGAUGCUUUUGUCCCAUAAUUCUUAUUUUUUACUCACUACAUUAAUACAUCUGUGCUUAUUUGAUGACCCUCUUAGAUUUCCUUAAUGAUGUCUACACAUUUUUGAUCAAUUUCUUAGAAUAAACUGUCAAGAAAGCAAUCCAAAUUGCCUUCUAGGAAGACUACAAAAAAGGUCACCUUCCAGCUCCCACAGCACAAAGUUAUCUUGCUCUUUACCAGUUUGGCAAGUUUUAGGUAUUUAAGUGCUUACUUUUAUUGCCACUAUUUUUUCUACUUAAUGGCCAUUCUUUUUCUGCUUUCAAAAUAUAUUUUUAUAUGUAAAAGUUGAUUUUGUUUUGUUCUCAAACUUAUUUCCUGCUUCAAUGAGUUGAAGUACUCUUUUCCAUACUCCUCUUUCCCCAUAUUUACAGUUCCUCCUUCACUUGGGGGCUGUUGUGGUGCAUAUCUUGCUUGAAUAGUAUAUAGUGAAAGUUCUUUAUAUAGAGGCAUUUUGUCAUUUCCCAGAAAAUUAAGAGUCACUAUUAACUCCAUGCACUGCUAAAAUAGUAAUGGUAUAAUAAUCACAGAAGAGUGAUUGGCAUAGAGAACUGAUUGCAGGAUCAUGUAUAUUAUCCCUAGCUUUCCCAAGAUGCUUUCCGCUCAGACUUUCACUGUCAUGCUCUGGACCUCAAAAUUCAGUGUCAUGUGGUAUUUAGCAGUCUGACAUUUGAGAAUUCAUUCAUUAAAGAUGCAUACAUUCAUGUGUUGUAGCUUACGCCAGUAAUCCUUGCACUGGGGAGGCUGAUGCUAGCCAGGGCUAGGGUGAGACCCUGCCUCAUUUUAGAAGAAAAAAGGCACAAAAUGUUGAAAAGGUUUAACAAAAUGCAACUUGUUUCAAUUCUAAAUGCCUGCUUCAUACUAAAAAUGAUGGAUUUCUAGAUUCACUGGGUUCAUUAAUGUUGAAUAGUUUUAAGUAAAUUUGGUAUUUUAAAAUACUGAUCAAAUUUCAGCCAAGAUUAUGUAAAGAUUGUUUUGUAUGUAUGAUGCUGGGGCUUCAAACAUGAUAGGCAAGGGUACAUCCCCAGUCCUGAAGCUGAAUAUUCUUAGAUCAUGAUGGGAAAGGAAAGGAAAUCUGUCUUUUUUGGCUCAAGACAAUUGAUCAAGUGAUGACUUUCCCCUCAAAUGUUUGUUAGCCAGUAUGGAGUGUAGGGGAAGUUUAGAAAACCACUGACUGGGUGAUUACCCUGAUAGUGACUUUGAGCUUACAUUUACUAUGAUAAAUGGGUGUCCAGGUAUGUCUGUGAUAAACUAAUCAUGAUUCAACUCCACAUUACUGACAGGAGCCCACAGGCCUUUUAGGGAACAGCUGCAUUCCCCAAAGCCCUUUAAACCUACAGAUGUCCAUUUCAACUUAAUUUGCUGGAAAUCCAAUCCUUUCCUCAUAAAUAUCUCAGGCUUUGAAUGAAACAAUUUCUAUUUGUAGUAGCAGAAGGCCCCAUAACCAUACUACUGUAACUGCAAGUUUUGACUUGUUGCUUACAUUAGGCAGCACAGUCAACAAAUUAGUCUAUUGCAUGUGCUAGCACUUCCUCAUAUGUAGGAGGUGAGGAUUCAUCAUUUGUAUAUCAUUUGAUUAUCUGGAGUAAUCUGAGUUGCUAAAUCAGAAAGCGUAUAAAAGGCAACUACAUCAAGUGGUGUUUAUUAAUGGAAAAUAAAUGUGUUGUAAGUUCUUGAUAGCAUAGAAUUCAUGUGAUUUUUUUUAACGAGCUUGAUGUACAUGAAAAUUCAUACUCUUUUGUCAAUUUUGUGAGUGCUUGCAACCACUAUCACAUUCCAGUGCAGGGGGUCGACUGUCAGAAGGAGAGGGCUUGUCCACACUGUAUUGAAAAAAAGAACCCUUCCUUCAACAGCUCUCCCUCAUUUGACAAAACGUUUGGAAAGAGAUAAAAGUACACCACAGUGUUUGUAGAACAUUUAUUACCAUUAAUUGGUGAUGUGAUAAGACAGUGUUCAGGUGGCUCGGAAGUUGUUCACAAUCACAGCAAAGCUUACUCCAGCCUAGCAUAUACAAGGGAAAAUAGAAACCAGGGAGAUGUGUUCAGGUAUGUGUCAGUAUGUAUAAAAGUGGUGCGGAGCAUUUAUAUAGUUUGAAAAAAUAUAGGGCCAACUAAUGCCAUUUUACUUCACUCAACUCUCGCUUUGCUAUAUGAACGGUAUCUUUUAAAUUUCCACAAGACUUCUGAUGACUAGGCAGUGACAUGAAAGGAAAGGGAGCUGCUGUCAAGUUUGUAGCACUUCUAAUUGGAAGGAAGCAACAGGGAAGCAAAAAUAAAUUUGGCUUUAACAAGCACCCCAGAAGGAACAUUCAUGCUUUAGAUAAUGACUUUAUGUAACACUUUGUGAACAGAGCAACAUACUGGUAAUUAACGGUCCUAUUUUGUUUUGGGGCCUUGAAAACUAUUAGGUAACUAUAUGAUUAUGACCACUAAAACUUCACCUCAGGAGUCAAAUGUUCCUUGUCCUUAAAAAUUAUGUGCUCGAGAUUAGGAAAGUCUUUGACCUUGUCCCACCCAUUCAGAAUACUUAAUGAAUUUUAGUGAAACGUAGCAUCAUUGUAAGUUUGGUCUCUAAAAGCAUCUAUUCCCUUUGUUUUAAUGUAUGUUGAAUCCAAUUAGGGUCUUUGGUAUCAAUUUGGUUGCUUCAAUUUUCAAUAAACUUUCUUUCAUUUGA